AUGGCCGCCAGAACAUCCUUGACAACGCAAAAGCGUCUGAAUAUUCUCGUGCAAUAAAACCACUGAAUAAAACUCAAAUAGUUUCAUGGCAUGGAAAUAGUUUCAGAGGGAAGCUUAGAGUUUAUCAGCAGACCAGCUUCAACAAGCAAAAGAUGUGGUAGUCGAUCCUCUGUGAGAUCAGCAUCAAGUUCAGUACAACAUUCCUUGGAUAUUCUUCCUCCAGAAGAACCAACUCUUAACUGGUCAAACAAAUUUGAGGUUGAAAAGGAUAUUGUUGUCACAGAUGUCACAGAUGAUGUAAUUUUUGGGAACGAACAAGAUUUGUUAAAUACAGAUGAAGCCUCCUUACAGGCAAAUACUGAAGAAGCCAAUGAUGAGAUAACCAACUCUGCUUUGUCUCCCGAUUCAACUAAAACUGAGCAACAGAAAGUCAACUUUGAAAACGAGGAGGGAAAUUAUUUGUCAGCAAAUGAAAAAACUUUGGAAGUGACGACAGAGCAAUAUGAAAAUGCAUCAGAAAAUAUUGAAACACAACCUGAUCAGGAUGAAGAUAUUUUAAAAAGCGGAAACAGUUCAACCACAGGAAAUUAUGACAAUCUUGAUCCAAAAGUUCGACAAGGACUGGAGAGAAUCAAGAAACUUGAUAAUAUUUUGAGUGAGAAAACGAAGAGGGAAAGAGAGGUCAAGAGACAACGUCUUGAUCAAGAACGUUUAUGGCGGGAACAACUUGAUGUGCUUGAGAAAAAUAGAGAUGCUGAACUUGGGAGACCUGUUGAUCUUGGGCCUGCUCAUAUGUUGGCUCUUGGAGCUCCACAGGACACAGAUGAAAGUGUUUACGAGGAUUCUCCACCAGUGACUCCACUGUUUACUACACAACCCCUGGUGGAUGAGGAAAGAAUGCAAAAACAUUUUGAAGGAAGCUCUUCUCAGACACAUUCCAGUGACGUUAAAGAAGAUGACAUCCCGACUGCGGAAAGUAAAAAUAAAGCAGGUGCGAGUGGUGUUGGGAAUGAGGAGAAAGUGAGGAAAAAUAACAAAAAGAAUAAAAAAGAUGGGAAAAUGAGAAAGAGGGAUUUUAUCAAGCGAAAUAUUUUGUUAGCAGCGGAUGCUAAUAACAUGGUCGCUAUGACGGAAGAGGAGAAGAAACGACUGGAAGAAAUCCUUUCUGAUGUAGGAGAUCUUAUGGAAGAGCCAGUGAAUAAGGAAUCAUUGAUUCUAUAUGGAAGUGGUUUUGUUCCAAGUCAAGAAGAGGCUGAACAACUGGCUGAUAUAGACACUCGUCUACAGUCUCUUAUACCAUGUGAAGAAUACGCAGCGUUGUGUGAACAAACUGAAGAAGACAAGCAAUCUCUUCACAGUGAGACUCCAAGAAGUGGAACAGGAAGUUUUCUUUCUGAAAAAGAUAUGCCAACGUUUGGUGAGUUGGUUUUACAAGAAAAGAAAGAAAUGCGUGAAAUGAAACAGCGAUUAAUGGCGAUAGAAAAUCAACUACAAGGAUUUCAAGACGAUGACCAUGACGAGGGUAUUCUGUCUGAGUCCUUACUACGACAUCUUCUGGAUGAUAGUUCCCGAACAACUUCUCAAGCUACAACUAUCUUCGACAGAAUUUCAUCAACGAGUUAUGACACUACAUCCAGUUUUGAUAGCAGUUCAGUCAUCUCGAUUAUCACGUCACCAAGCAUGGAGGAGCAAUGAUGUAAUGUGAUGUGGUCUUGUGUGUUCAGGUGGCUGGUCAUGAUGGAGUGAUAGAUGCUUUUGAAUUGCAAAACCUGCUUCAGACUUGUUUUCGUCGUGAGUUGGGGGAGUACAAGU